CAGCGGGCCCGGAAAAGAUACAUGGAAGUCUCCCGCAUCCCCCAACCCCACCGCCACCCGAGCUCGCGAGUCGCCAUAGAACUCACAGGAAUCUGCUCGAAAUACUCGAUGAAAUUCGGGUAUUUUAGCAUCUCUGCCACACCGUACGAUGCCUGUCUUGCAUGACAGACAACCGAUGGCCCAAAGCGACGACGAUACUAAACCGACUUCUACUUCCACCGCGUGAUCGGACGAUCAUGAUAGAAUAGCACCUUGCAAACCGAGCCGUUCACCGUUCACCGUCAAGAUGAGCGUCGGUCUCGCGGGUGUCGCCGAUCUGUUCCAUCUAUUAGAAUCUAAUAAGAUCGGGGAGGUUGAGGAGAUCAAGAAAGUAUUCCAUGAUCAUUUCUUAUGCACAAAGGACAAUUGGUUGGUAAAUGGAUUAUUCGAUUAUUAUCUGUCCACAACUUCCUUAAGGACUGCCGAAGUAUUGGCUGGAGUCCGGGAUCCGCACGACAAACACCUAUUGGAUCGUUUAUCAGAUCUACUUUCAAAAUCUGGCAAUAGUGGACAGAGAAUUCAGGCACUCACACUGCUUGGGCAUAUAGCCAGACGUCAACCUACUUGGUUAUACAAACUAGCCAAUCAUGCUUUAUUCAGAGAUCUACUCAGAUUACUUAAGGUGGAGGCAGAUGUGUUACCACUUAUGAGCGCCCUUCUUCUGUUAGUAAUGUUGUUACCAAUGUUACCUGCUGCUCUAGGGCCAUACCUACCAGAAAUAUUUGAGGUAUUCGGCCGUCUGGCUUCUUAUUAUCAUCAUCAGUCGUCCUUACUUUCUCCUUCUACCCCUUUCACCUCGACCACAGUACCAAAUGUCAUUGAUAAGGACCACUUGUACCUCAUACAUUUGCAGGUAGGAUUAUACAGCUUGUUUCAUAGACUGUAUGCAAUGUACCCUUGCAAUUUUAUAUCAUAUCUGAAACAACAAUACGUUCAGCGCGAUCAAUUGGCUACGUUUACUCAUACCAUUAGGCCCAUGUUGGACUCUGUGCGUAUGCACCCUUUACUUGUUACAGCGUCCAAGGAUGCGGAAAUUUCAGCCACUAGGUGGAAGAAGAUGGAGCAUCACGAUAUUGUGAUAGAAUGCGGCCGCUUUACAUUAGACAAAUGUCGAGAAGAGAUAUUAAGCGUAGUUAAUUCUCGGUGCACUCCACCUCUAGUUGCAGAUCAAUCUUCCGUCAGCUGCGCACCGAUCAACAUUUGCGGCGGAGUAACGACUACGGAGAUUAGGAACGGGGAGGACGAUACAUUCUGGUCACCGAGCAUGGCAGUGCCGCCGCAUAGUCCGUCAUUUCAAAACGCAUCUCAUGAGCCACGCUCAGCCCCGCCGACGCCUAAUAACAAUAGGAGCGGUACUUCCCCGCCCGAGGCGGCAAUCGAGGCCACCCCUGAAACAACUCCUGUUAAGGAUCUACGAAAGUUAUCGAGACAAGUGUCCUCGGGGUCCGGCGCAGUGCGCGCUCUGAACGUAUUGGGCAACGGUGCAUCUUCCCGGCCGUCGACGCCCACUAUACACAUCGACGCUCCUAUAAACUCCUCUGGUAUUGUAGUGAGAAGCGCGGAUACUGCGGUGAAUACACACGGAUUUUUUUCGCAUAGAAUUAAUAAAAUUAUGACGGACAGACAAAGUGUUCAACAGUCGCAAAAAUUAGUGAUUAGCAGCGAGGAGAACGGAAGGCUCUUGGACAUGGACAUAAGUCAGAAUGGGAAGAACGAUUGUUGGCAGGAGGAUCAAGAGGUGUUGGAGAUUGUCAGCUCGCAUGGUAACGGUGCGGUUGAGAUGCCCAAGUAUGUUGUACCACAGUUCGCGGAGGCGCGAAACGAGAAGAACGCGUACGGCAUUUUCGCCGAUCUGUCGCAAAAGAUUUAUCAGUUGCGGUUGUACUCCCAGCGUCACGUUCCACCGGAACGCUCCAACUCAAACGUGUUGCGCAAGAUCCAACGCUCUAAAUCUUGCCCGGAAAUGGCAGUGCAGAAAAAAUGCAGCAGCGAGGACACAGCGGAGCAAGUGAAGUUGAGAAGGGCGAGAAUAUGCGAGGAUAUUGGCACUCAGACGUGCGAUUUGUUUCCGUACGAGCACUUGCUGCUGGGAAUGUUGGAUCAAAGUAGCCAAAACUUUAGCCAAGAGGCUUCCGAUUCAAGACUGUCGCCGAUCAGCAUGCUCGAUCGGUAUAUCGAGGCUUGCACAAGAGCGAACAAUUUUUCUAGCAACAACAGCAAAACAAGACCACACAAUGCCAGGCAGAAAGAAAAGAAGAGAGCGGAGGAUGAUGGAGAGGAAGACGGAGGAGACGACGAUGUGGACUCAACCUGCGCUAACCAGUUACUUCAGCUUAUGCAAAUGCAAUUACAAUUCGAGCGGCAACGGCGAGAAAUACAUGCUGAACGUAAUCGUCGUCUGCUCGGUAAAUUGAGGGAUUCGCGAGCCUCGGAAGAGCAUAAUCUCGCUUUGACUGACCGUCUGAAGAUGAUAGAGAAAGAAGCAGAGGAAUUGAAAGUGCAAUUGGAACACAACAAGAAGGAGACGCAUCAAGCCGAAGAACAAUAUAAAGAAGCUAUGCAUCAUUGGCAAGCUAAAUGUAUCGAAGAACAACAACAGAGCUACACGCUCAAAGAUCGUUUGGAGUGUCUCGAGUUGGAAUUAAAGAGCGAGCAAAAGAAGGCGGCUGAAACACAGCAGCAGCUCCGCUCGACGGAAGCGGAGCUUUUCAACGCGGGACAACAACUUAAGGCGGCGUUAAAAGCCGCGGAUCGUGGGAAAGAGCUGGAGCGCAUCUUGGAUACUAUGCAGAAGAAAUUCGUGCUUCUAGGAGAGGCUCAAUUAAGACUAGAAGAAAACACAGGUACAUUUUCACCAACGUUUAAGCAAGAAGCGACGCAGCUUCAGAAGUCGUAUACAGAAGAAGUGAAUAAUACUCGCCGACAAUUGGACUCACGAACGUCGCAUCUGGAAGCGCUAAAGGCGCGCUUGAGCGAGCUAGAGAAUAAGGAAGCGCGCAAGGAGGCGCAGCUGGUGGAUCUGCAACGGCUCCUACAGGAAACCAAGGAGCAGCACGCGUUUGAGCUGGAAGCUGUCGAAUCAAAAUAUCGAGCGCAAGUGGAGAUUAAUCUGCUCUUGGAGGGCCGUAUUCUGGAGCUGCACGGUAAACUGGAGACGGUAACGUGCGUCAACGCCUCACCCAUGGCCAAUCCCGCCUCCUCGGCAUCGCCUAAGGAACGAUCUCCGCCUCUGUCGACCAGCUUAGCGUCGUCCAGCGAAGGCAGCCUCGCGUUUAUCCAUUCGGGCGCCGGGAUAAUUAUGAACGACUGCUGCGAUACCGCGACCGGCGAGAUCUCCAACCUACAGGCCAUGAUAGAACCCGUACCAAGUAAUAGUCGAGCCAUCCCGCCAUCGCGUUUCGUCUCUCAACGAUCACUGAAGCAAGACUAA